AUGAAGAGAGAUGAUCGUGACAAACUUGUAUUAGGCUCUAUCAUAACUUUUAUAUUUUUGAUCUUCCAAUUAUGUACUCGAUCAAUCCCUAAUAAUUAUUAUCAAAAUGGAAUAAAUCCAUUGAUUGAUCCUAUAGAAAGAUUUAAAGUAGACCAGGAGAGUGGGAAUAGCAUCGUGAGAGUUAAAAAUGAGGAUGCAAGUUUAGCUGUACCAUUUUUAGAUAAAAUUAAUAAAUUUUGGUAUGUAGGUGGUCAACCACAAAUAAGGAAUGCAGAAUACAUACGGUUGAUUUCCGCUUCAAAUCCAGAUUCAAAUGGAUUGAUUAUGUCAAAUGGGAUUGGCGAUAAUACAAUUAAUGAUUUUGAAAUCAUAAUGAAAUUCAAGAUAUCUUCAAACAAAGAUCAAAUUAAUACUAAAAAGGCGACUUCAAGUAGUGAAGGAUUAGUGUUAUUAAUUACGCCAGAAAAUGAAUUCUUAACUACAGAUUUGCAUUCUACUUAUUCAAAAAGACAAUACGAAAUAAAUUCUGGAGGCAUUUUACCUUCAAGUACGGAUCUAAUGGGUUUCCCAAAAAAUUUCCCAGGUUUAUCCCUAGUUUUAGAUUGCUAUCAAAAUGACAAAUCAACUAUUACAUCAGCUCCAUUUUUCGAUGCUUUUAUUAAUAAUGACCCUUCAAAAUACCAUUAUGACCGUUUUAGUGACGGUAAAGAUAGUAAUAUUAUAAAAUUAAACCCUAAUCAUAUAAAACUAAAGGAUUCUAUGUUGAGUGGCGAUGAUGUAGAACUUCGGUUGAUUUAUCUAGAGAGUAUUAAUUUCUUAAAGAUUGAUAUCAAGUAUGAAUCUGAAGGAAAUAUUUGGAUAGAAUUAUACCAAUCAAAAAAUCCAUUAUUUGUUCCAAAAAAUCCAAAAACUGGCCAGAGAUUCAUAGGUGUAGGUGCAUUAUCUAAUGAAAACCCUGUAAAUAUAGACAUUCUUAAUAUUCAAACUAACGAAUUUCAUUGGGAAGGUAAAGAUGAAUCAAUUGAAGAAAGCUUCGAUUAUGUACAAAAAGUUCAAUUAUUCCUACAAAAAGAAUUUGGCCAACGAGUGACAAUGGAGAGAGAUGAGUUCAUUAAAUGGAAAUAUUUAAAGGCUCAACCAAGCUAUAAACACACAGAGAAUACCAGGAAAUCGACCAAGUUUAAAAAGGAUAAAAUUACAAACCAAACUCUGCCUACAAGAAUUGCCAGAGGUCUUUUCAAAGUGGUAUUGUAUGUGUUGAUCUUAGCAUUUAUUUAUCUGGCUACAGUUUAUAUUAGAGUUACUAUUAGGCAUAUCAAGAAAAGAAACAAUUAUAAUGAUGGAUUGUUACCAAGAUAUGUAUGA